ACCGAACGUGCGCGCCGCCGCCGAUAUUGUGCUACUCGCAAACCGCUAACGCGCACAAACGACGACAGUAGUAGUAGAAGUAGUAGUAGUAGACGACGAUAGUGUGCACAAUAUUGGGCCGCACACGCACACACGCACCGGCGGUACCAACACAUCGUACGGUGGUGGUCCGUUGGCUUGGAGUGAGGCGUGUGAUAGGUACGGAUAAAAAGAGAUAAUUAAGAAGUAGUGAGGGAGAUAGAGAAAAGGAACGCGAGAAGAAAAAGCCGAAAACGCGUAAUCGGAUUUUUAUCGAUACGCGAUGAAACACAUGUUCCUAGAGCUGCGACCGUUCUGUUUUGAAUAGUGCUGCAGCGCCGCGACCAGACGGUUCCGCGGAUCCGGCUACACAUUGCGAUCGUGCUGCACCACGGGCACGUUUUGACAAUAACCGUACUCGGUUAUUUCCGCCCUCCGUCGUCGUCGUUCCGAUAUAGUGCCGCGAAAAUUACGGACGCGAGCCGCCGCCGCCGCCGCCGCCGUCAUUGCCGUCGCUGCCGCCGACGCCGCUGCCGCCACCAUCCGCCGCUGCUGAUAUGAUGAUCGCCGCCGCCAACAGUAGUCCUGCCGCCGCAGCCGCUACCACCUGAUCGCCGCGGACGGCAGCUCUAUGACGACGACAACGGCCAAUAAUCACUGUUGCAGUUAGAGCGGUCGCCGACCACACCGUCGCGACCAUUCGCUAGUUCCGGAUUUCGUGACGCACACGCGAUAUCGCGUUCAAGAUGGCACAUUAUAAGCACAAAGUGUUCGAAGAGGAAACAUCAAGCAUGGGUUCUGUUCAUUUGACAGAAGGAGUGACUGCGUCUUCCACACACAUUCGUUUUUAUACAGGAAAACCUAAAAAUAUCUGGUCAGGAUGGCAAAACAGAACGGCAUUAGAAAAGGCACUUAUUGGCGUAAGCCUGUUCAUGAGUUUGUUGCUGGUAAUUAUUUUUCUGAAUCCUAUGAGUACAGAACAAUGUAUUCCCACCGUCAAUCCAGCACCUGAUAUAUACGAAGAAUCAGAUUCCUACGUCAGUACUGGGCAAGAAUAUUGUAUGAAAGAGACAUGUGUGACAACAGCAGCUACAAUAAUCAAGAACAUGAAUACGAAAUCCGACCCUUGUCAAGACUUUUAUAAGUAUGCUUGUGGUCAAUGGAUAAAAACAAACCCAGUGCCGGAUGGCCGAUCUAUGUGGGGCAUGUUUAAUGAGUUGGAGAUGAACAAUCAGCUUAUUGUCAAAAAUUCAUUGGAAGCAAUUCCUUUGAAUACUACUAAUAAAGCUGAACUCAAAGCUAAAAUGUAUUUCACUGCUUGUAUGGACCCGAAUAAUACAAUUGAAACCUUGGGUGCUAAACCAUUAAUUGAUCUAAUUAAAGAAAUUGGUGGAUGGAACAUAUCAGGAACUUGGAACGUAUCUUCAUGGAAACUUCAACGAACAUUAGAAACAGUUCACAAUAGGUACAAUAUGGCAGGUUUAUUUUAUUGGAUGGUCGGUGAGGAUGAUAGAAAUUCGAGCAGACAUAUAAUUCAGAUUGAUGAAGGUGGUCUGACUCUGCCAACUAGAGAUUUCUAUUUAAACGUUACAGCAAAUCAAAAACUAUUAGAUACGUAUUUAGAUUAUAUGACAACGAUUGGAACAUUAUUGGGUGGUGAACCUAAUUCGACAAGAGAUCAAAUGAAAAAAGUUAUUGAAUUUGAAACUCGUCUUGCUAAAUUUACUGAACCCGAUGAAGAUAAACGAGACGAAGAAAAAGCUUACCACAUUAUGCCCAUAAGUGAAUUACAGAAUUUAGCUCCAUUUAUUCAAUGGAAUCACUACUUCAAUGCAGCUUUUCGAUUAGUUAACAGAAAGAUUACUAGUAAGGAAAACGUUGUGGUGUAUUCGCCCUCAUUUUUGUCAAACCUUUCGUCAUUAAUUGACGAAUAUAGCAAAUCUCCAGAAAACAAAACGGUAAUUAACAAUUAUUUAGUGUGGCAAACCGUCAGGGCCGUUACUCCUUAUUUAUCAAAAGUUUUUCGAGAUGCAUAUAAAGGACUUCGGAAGGCACUAUUGGGAUCAGAAGGUGGUGAAGAACCUUGGCGCUACUGCAUCAGCGAUACGAACAACGUAUUAGGAUUUGCUUUGGGAGCACUAUAUGUUCGUGAUGUUUUCAAUGGACAAUCAAAAAAAUUAGCCGAAGAAAUGAUCAACGAAAUAAGAACAGCAUUCAAAGAUAACUUCAAAAAUUUGAAAUGGAUGGAUAGAGAAACACUGAUUGAAGCUGAAAAAAAAGCAGAUGCCAUAACAGAUAUGAUAGGUUUUCCGGAUUAUAUAAUGGAUUCGGAUCAAUUGAAUGACAAGUACCAAAAUUUGAGUGUACGUUUUGACGAAUACUUUGAAAAUAACAUACGUGCUAUUCAAUUCAAUUUGAUACAGUAUUUGUAUAAGCUCGAUCGACCUGUUAAUCGUACAAAGUGGAGUAUGACUCCUCCUACGGUAAAUGCAUACUACACACCAACCAAAAACCAAAUCGUCUUCCCUGCUGGAAUUCUGCAAGCCCCAUUUUUUGAUCAAAUGCAACAGCCUUCCAUCAAUUAUGGCGCAAUGGGAGUAGUUAUGGGACAUGAACUCACCCAUGCAUUUGAUGAUCAAGGUCGAGAAUUUGAUCGUUUUGGAAAUUUACAUCCAUGGUGGAAUAAUAAAACUGUUGAAAAAUUUAAAGAGGCAACGGAAUGUAUGGUGAAACAGUACUCCAACUUUAAAGUAAAUGGUCAUAAUAUAAAUGGAAAACGUACAUUAGGAGAAAAUAUUGCUGAUAAUGGAGGACUUAAAGCAGCAUACCGUGCAUAUAUUAAGUUACUUAAAGAAAAGAGGGCUCAACCAAACCGCCUGCCUGCUGUCCAUCUGACAACUCAACAAUUAUUUUUUGUCAGUUUUGCCCAAGUAUGGUGUUCAUCAAGUACUGAAGAAUCUCUUAAAUUACAAAUUGAAAAAGAUUUACAUGCUCCAUCACAAUAUAGAGUUAAUGGUCCAUUGAGCAAUUUUGAAGAAUUUUCAAAAGUAUUUAACUGCCCAUUAGGAACACCUAUGAAUCCUGAAGAGAAAUGUAUUAUAUGGUAA